GUUUAUACUUGCUCAUAGAAAAAAUAUUGGAUAUUGGAAGCGGAUCUAAUAUAAAAUGUCCGCUAUAACCCUAGCUUCUGAAGGUCGUGUAUGCGGAAAGUUUAUUUAACCGGACAGUUACUUUAUUGCACGACUUUCGUGAAUGUUUAGCAGCGAUUUUAAUGAAAUCCCUUUACGUUUAACAAUAGCUUAUCAUGGUGUUCACCAAAACAAUAUUACCAGUUGCAGUUUUUCAAAUUGUGGUCGAUUCUUCGCUUUCGUUGAUGAACCACAAAUUGUCGUAGGUUACUAUGUAGAUGACUUGCUAUCCACAUGUUUAGAUGAAAAUAAUUUCAAACCAACAUUAUCAUCUCAUUGUCAAACAUCGAAUUUAUUAUCAGAUGAAGAAAUUAUUACCAAUACAGAAUCAUCACCAACAACAACAACAAAUUUAUCAACAGAUACUAUUAGUAAUUGGAAAAUAUUAACAUCAGAACUGUUACAUGGUGAUACAUUACCUGUAAAUAUGAAACCGAUAUUUCGUAUCAAAACUAACGAUGAUGUGAUUAGUAUGACUUUUGCCAGUGGUGAUAGUUCAUUUUGUCGAUUGCCUCAUCGUGCAAAUAAACGUCGUUCAUCUAUUGUUCGUGAAUCACAAGUUUCAUUACUAUUGUUAGGUUUAGCAUCUGGUGUUAUUGAAGUAUACAAUGUAUUUAGUUUAGUAUCAAGUUCUCCGCAUACUCCUAAAUAUAUUUUAACAGAUGAUUGUACACUUGUAUAUCUAUUAUCAGCUGCUACAGAUGGUAGUCUACGUAUUGGUUCAGUACAUCGUGGUGGUGAAGUAAGAUUAUGGGAUUUAUGGGAUGAUGGUAAUAUGUAUGGAAAAUUACGACAUAAAUUUACUAUUCCACCAACAAAUUCUCUGCUUCAUAAUCAGCCAUAUUAUAAUCAUGAAAUUCAAGGUGAAGCAUGUACAUUUGCAUGGCAUCCAUUUGGUAGGCAUAUAUUCUUAGCUGGUGAACGUGGUCAUGCUGUAGUACUUAAUGCUGAAUCUCCUUUUACUCGAAUUGCUUAUAUACGAUCUGGUCAUUAUCAUCGAAUAUCAGUGGCAAAAUUUUCUAAAGAUGGCAGUUUAUUAAUUACUGCUUCAUAUGAUUCAUGUUGUGCUGUAUGGUCUGUACCAGAAUAUCAAUGUUUACAUCGUUUUUGGCAUAUGGGACGUGAGCCUAGUAUUCCUCUUCGUGGUGGAUCAAAUGGUCAUCAUAUCUAUGGUUUAUCAUUGUCUCCGGAUGAUUUAUAUUUUAUUACUAUUUGUGAAGAUAGAUGUAUUCGUUUAUGGCCAUUUGCUCCUGUGAAUUCUCCAUUGAAAAGUUAUUUUGAACUUGCACUACAACCUUCUCAUAUGAAUUUGAAAUUUCGUAGUUUAGCUUUCAGUCCAUGUGGUCGUAUAGUUGCUGUGACUACAAAUAAUCAUCAUGUAUUACUAUUCACUACACGAUCGGAAUGCAUACGCCUCGGUACACAAUGCCUUUAUACAAUUCGUAAAUGUAUCAUUGAAAAUAUUUUAAACAAACCCAAUCAUCAUCAUCAAUAUCAAUCUAACGAUAAUGAUACUACUACUACUACCACUACUACUAACAACAAUCCUAGUAAUAUUGAUCUCACCUUAAUGAUUAGCAAUGCACAAAUGUUGCAUACCAUAUUUCAAAAUCAUAUUUCACAAAUUCAAUUGCCAACACCAGUGAAAAAAGCUAUUUUAAGAAAUUUUUUGUAAAAAUUUAAAAUCCAUUUAACUAUUUAGUUGUUUUUUUUUGCGGGGGGGGGGGUGGACAGAGUUUUCUGUAGGUUUGUGUGUUUUUAAAAAACACAUCAAUCAAUCAUUGUUAGACUAGCACACCAUCAUUAGAAGAAAUCUGGAAGCACUGACAGUGUCGGGUUCGAAUCCUGUGCGAGCUGAAGGAGUUUUGUGGAUGUACACUGUCACUACUGAUGAUGAGGAGUAGUCCCAUACACAAGGACGAAAACGGCCAUCUUACAGUGCUUCCAGGUUUCUUCUAAUGGUGGUGUGGUGGUCUAACAAUGAUUGAUUGAUUCAUUGAUGAUUUUAAAUAUUUUUUUCCCCCAUUUUUGAAAAAACACCCAAAAAAGCACUUAGGGAAAUGUGACAAUCCAUCAAAAGGCAGUGUAGUUUUACACGGUACGUACGGUAGUACUUGCCAGUAGUCAUUGGCUUUUUUUUUGCCUUUUUCCCAUUCACCUAGACCCAGCCCCCCAUCCCUCACCUACUUACUUACUCCCUUAAUUUUUCUUUCUUGACUUGUUUAUUGUUUGUUUUUUUCGUUUCGUUACAUUUUUAAAUAUCAAAAAACGAUGUUUGCAUUUCCUGUUUUUUUUCCCACAUAGAAUGUAUCGUAUGUAAUCUCACACAAUAUUUUAAUGUAUU